GUGCUUGGGCCAAGUGUGAUAAAACAUUGUCGUUCCCCGCGUGACCCUAUUUUAGAGCAGGCGCUAUGACGAAGCCCCAAAACAAUGGCAGUGGCAGUCGGCGGUUGCCGACCUCACAGAACCCGUUGGAAUGCUACACCGACCUUGGGGAAUUAAAGUAUCGUGGAACGCCAGAUUCAUAAACAAACUGCCGUUGAUACCUCUGUUGAAUAGUACCAAGUGCAAUUGACUUCAUCCUAGAGUUCCAAGCUCAAAUCGUCCACGAUGACUACUCGAUACAGGGUCGAAUAUGCUCUAAAAACACACAGAAGAGAUCAGUUCAUAGAAUGGAUCAAGGGCCUUCUAGCCGUCCCGUUUGUGCUUUACUCCCAACCAACGGGAGUCUUCAAGUCUCAUGGAGUGAGUUUCACCCAGAUGUCAGAAGAAGCACACCGUCGGUAUGCAGAGAUCAUGAGAGAUGUUGAGGGGAUGCUUGACGAUCACAUUUCGCUUCAGGUGAAUGGCAGCACGUUCCCUUCGAAGCUCAAGACCCUGGUCCCAACUGUAGGGGUCUUUUUCACUAGACUGCCGCUCGAGGCAGCAUUUAAGUACCAGGACCAUAAACGAUUCAUCUCGUCGAGACGCUUCGUGUCUCCCUCGUUCAACGAUGUACGGUUGAUCUUGAACUCGGCCCAGAUCAUGGCGGUGACCACAUAUGGUACGCUGCAGUUGGCCACCUUUGAUGGAGAUGUGACGCUUUAUGAUGACGGGGAGAGCCUGGAACCAGCCAGUCCCGUAAUUUCCAGAAUGCUGGAUCUGAUGCGGAAGAAUGUCAAAAUCGGCAUCGUCACAGCAGCAGGCUACACGACGGCAGACAGAUACUAUGACCGACUCCACGGUCUGCUGGAUGCCAUCUCCACAUCGACCAUCUUGACUCCCCAGCAAAGACAAAACAUUGUCAUCAUGGGCGGCGAGGCAAACUACAUGUUUGAAUUCGACGCGUCAUCACCUCACCUGCUCUCGCCCGUCCCAAGAGAAAAAUGGCUUACGCCCGACAUGGCGGCCUGGUCAAGCAAAGACAUCACUGCCCUCCUCGACAUCGCCGAGGACACCCUAAGAGACUGCAUUAAAACGCUCGACCUGCCCGCGACGCUGAUGCGCAAAGACCGCGCCGUCGGCAUCAUCCCCACGUCGCCAAAAAUCCGGAUCCCGCGUGAAUCUCUCGAGGAAACGGUGCUGGUGGUCCAGAAGACGCUCGAGAUCAGCGUCGGCGGCCGUGACUAUGACAACAAGGUGGUGCCAUUCUGCGCCUUCAACGGCGGCCGCGAUGUCUUCGUCGACAUUGGCGACAAGAGCUGGGGCGUCAACGUGUGUCAGAAGUGGUUUGGCGGCGGGGAGGGCAAGUUGAUCCCUGGGGAGAAUACGUUGCAUGUGGGGGAUCAAUUCUUGAGCGCCGGGUCGAAUGACUUCAAGGCUAGGAGUGUGGGAACUACGGCGUGGAUUGCGAGUCCGGCCGAGACCGUGGAGUUGUUGGAUGAGUUGGCGGACUUGAUGGAGAAGAAGUUGAGUUGAUUGCUUGCUACUGCUACUUGAGAUUCCUAUGAAAGGCGUGCUGGAGUCACUCGGGUUUAGGUUGGUUGGUUAUGAUUGGUCUUGAGAGACAAGUUAGAUUGCAUCCAUGGUGUAUAUCAAUUCACCCCUUAGAUGAUUCGAGUCUUUCAAUCCUACCAUCUCCUAUUUGUCCCAUGUGUCUGAUAACU